UAAAAUUUUGAAGUUUAUUCCAAUAAAAGAUACUCUCUGUCCCCCCUCAAUUCAUAUUAAUUCCUCAUUCACUCAUUCUUGUCUUGAUAACCAUGGCAGAAAUAUAUAGCUUGUUAGGUGUCAUGGACCGUUUGUGGUUUCAUCAAAUUAUUCUCUUUUCAGAAACCCCAUCAGUUUCAUUGCCUAAAAAUCAUGAAAACCUCCUGCCUGUUCAAGACUCUCUGACAUGUCAAGAAUUGUCAUCAGUUGAAUCAGAAAGCACUCUUUUACAGGAUGUUUGUGAAAAAGAAGAAGACAAUGAAAAGAGUAGUAGUAGCCCACCCAAGGAAAGACCAACAAGACUUAAUCUUGUAACAACAAGAAACAGGUCCCAUUCAUCAUCACCUGCCACUAAUCAUAAAAGAUAUUCAAGAAUUGGCAGAUACUUGAAAGAUACAGGAAAUGCUAUGAGUUACAAGAGCCUAAACGAGCUCGAGUUUGAAGAAGUAAAAGGUUUCAUGGAUUUAGGAUUCAUAUUCCGUAGAGGACAUAUAAGCAAGAAUUUGGUAAGUGUACUUCCUGGUUUACAAAAACUUGAAAUCGUAAUGUCCAAAGACGAAGACAAAAUUUGUGAAGAAUCAGAAGCAAUUCAUAUUGAUGGUAUCGUAGCAGAAGUAGAAGAAGACGAUAAAAGGGAAAUUGUACGACCAUAUUUGUCCGAGGCAUGGCUUAUUAAAAGGCCUGAUUCACCAUUGUUGAAUAUGAAAAUACCAAGAAUUUCAGCAGCUUCUGAUAUGAAGAAACAUUUGAGAUAUUGGGCUAAAACAGUUGCCAAUGUGGUUCUUCAAGAAUCUUGAUUUUGUAUACAGAGGUUUUGAGAGUUGAUUUCUCAAAUGAUCAGUUAACUAAUAGUUAUUAUCAUAGAAAGUCACCUGCUUAAUUGAAGAAAUGUGAUUUUCCGAUAUAAUAACAUAUUAGUUGAGUGACCAUAUAAGAAAUCAUUCUGAGGUUUCGAGAUAGGAACAAUGUUUAAUGAUGGUGUAGCCAAUUUAGCUAAAUAAAUAAGCAUUGUGCAUUGCAUGUAUACGUAGUCUUAGCUGAUUUUUAUUCAUACUGUUAAUUGUGCCAACAAUUUAUAACUGUAUAAAUUUGAGUUGGUCAGGUUCUAUGUAACUAAAAUAAAUAAUAUUCCAUGUAAUUUCUGUUAUGCUGAACUUGGUUCUGGUUUUAUAGC